UUCAACAAUGGAGAACCAAUAUAACUACUAUCUUACAAUCUUUCUUGUUCUAAUUUUUCCAUUUUUUUACAAAUAUUUCUUCAAUUCUAGAAGAAAUAAUCUACCACCUAGUCCACUUGCAUUUCCAAUUAUAGGCCAUCUUUACCUUUUGAAAAACAAACCAUUGUCGACACUAACCUCAUUAUCAGCAAAAUAUGGUCCUGUUUUGUAUCUUAGGUAUGGCUCUAUGCCUGUACUUAUUGUCUCGUCGCCAUCUGCAGUCGAAGAAUGUUUCACCAAAAACGAUAUCAUUUUUGCAAAUCGACCACGUACCAUGGCAGGAGACUGGUUGACAUUCAACUAUACGGCCUAUAUUUGGGCUCCUUAUGGACAAUUAUGGAAAAAUCUUCGAAGGUUGACAGUUAUGGAGCUUUUAUCAUCAAACAGCCUACAAAAAACGUCCAAUGUCCGGGAUCAAGAAGUUGUUAACUUUACGCGUUCAUUAUUCAAAUUUUGUAAUGGUAGAAGCAGAAAUGUGGAUUUGACAAACUGGAUUUGUACUUUUAGUUUCAACCUUAUGAACAAAAUUGUCGCGGGGAGACAUUUAGUGAGUGAGGAAGACGCUGGUAUGGGAAAGGGGAUAGCGAUGAUCGAAAGACUAAAGGGGAUUUUCAUUGUAGAUUUACCAGUGUUGAAUAUGUGUGACUUCUUGCCACUUUUGAGGUGGAUUGGUUAUAAGGGGAUGGAAAAGAAAAUGAGUUUAGUGCAUAAUCAGAGAAAUGAAUUCUUGAACAAUUUGCUACAGGAAUUUAGACAGGAGAAAGUUAGUGUUGGAAACAGGGAGAAACAGAACACAUUGAUUGGAACUCUGUUGUCUCUUCAAGAAUCUGAGCCUGAAUUCUACACAGAAGAUGUAAUCAAAAGUAUUAUGCUGGUCAUAUUUAUUGCUGGAACAGAUACCUCGUCAACAUCCCUCCAAUGGGCGAUGCGACUUCUUUUAGCUCAUCCUGAGGCAUUGCAUAAGCUGAGGGCUGAGAUUGAUAGCCAAGUAGGGAACGAGCAUUUGCUAAACGAAUCUGAUCUCACUAAACUUCCUUAUUUGCAUAGUGUUAUCAAUGAGACGCUAAGAUUAUACCCUCCCGUACCACUUCUAUUGCCUCACUACUCAUCAGAGGAUUGUACUGUUGGUGGCUACAAUGUACCAAAACAUACGAUCCUACUGGUUAACAUUUGGGCCAUUCAAAGGGAUCCCGAAGUAUGGAAGGAGCCUAACGAGUUCAAACCAGAGAGGUUUGAGGCAAUGGAAGGGGAAAAAGAAGGAUUCAACUAUAAACUUAUACCAUUUGGAAUGGGGAGAAGAUCAUGUCCUGGAGCUACUAUGGGCACGCGUGCUAUUUCAUUGGCGCUUGGUGCACUUAUUCAAUGCUUUGAUUGGCAAAGUGCAGGAGAGGAAAAUUUGGAGUUAAGCUACAAUUCAAGAAUCAACAUUCAGAAAAUUAAGUCCUUGGAGGCUAUUUGCACUCCGCGUUCCAACUUCGUGCAGCUUCUCUCCCAGCUUUGA